AACUUUAUUUUCUUUCUCGAGAUGCUGGCCAGUAAACAUCGCCGUUUGACAAGUCUGAAGCUUUACGCCAAAAAAAAGCCGCAGGGCCGCGUCUAUACUACUGCAUUCAGCAAGUGGGUGCCCCAUUGUCCGACAUGGAUAAACAAAGACACCAAGGUGAUAUGCCAGGGCAUGACUGGGAAACAAGGCACAUUUCAUACAACGCAAGCUAUAGAAUAUGGAACUAAAAUGGUUGCCGGCGUGUCGCCCAGUAAAGCGGGCACCGAGCACCUCGGCCUUCCGGUCUAUGCGACUGUCCGAGAGGCAGUAGAUAAAACUGGCGCACAGGCGUCGGUGAUUUACGUCCCGCCAUCGGUUGCUGCUAGCGCGAUUUCAGAGGCCAUAGAUGCCGAAGUUAAUCUGAUAGUCGCUAUCACGGAAGGAAUUCCACAACAGGAUAUGGUGCGUAUCAAAAAUCGUCUUUUGCACCAAAGCAAAAGUCGCUUGAUUGGUCCGAACUGUCCUGGCAUUAUUAAGCCUGGAGAAUGUAAGAUUGGCAUCAUGCCGGGUUAUAUUCACACAAAGGGCUGCGUUGGCAUUAUUUCCCGUUCCGGGACCCUCACCUAUGAAGCCGUUCAUCAAACUUCUUCGGUCGGUCUCGGACAGAGCAUUUGUAUCGGUAUAGGAGGCGACCCCUUUAACGGCACGGACUUCAUAGAUUCCCUAAAGCUUCUAUGUUCCAACCCAGAAACGAAGGGCAUCAUUUUGAUUGGAGAAAUCGGCGGUCAAGCCGAAGAAGAUGCUGCACAAUGGCUGUACAACAACCCUACAGAAAAGCCCAUUGUUUCCUUCAUCGCCGGACGUACGGCGCCUCCAGGACGCCGUAUGGGUCACGCGGGCGCUAUCAUUUCUGGUGGAAAAGGGACUGCUCAGUCCAAAGUCGAGGCGCUCGGAAAAGUCGCAAAAGUCAUUGAUUCACCUUCGAAAAUGGGCAUAACGAUGCAUUCGCUCCUAUUGGCCAAAAAUAAAAUCGCUUAGAUUUCUCUCGAUCGAUCAAAAUUGACCCAAAAAAAAAAAAGUACCAAAGAA